CGCGGGGAACAUAUUCCUACAUCUCAACUCGCCUUUCACGUUUUAAGACAAACUCCAACAAAUUUACAAAUCUAACACACACGCAGAGAUAAUUCGUUAUUGAUGGAGAUUGAUGAGAGCUCUACAGCUCCGAGAGACCGCAGAAUCGACGCUCUAGGCGACCUACGCGUUCUGCCUGAUGAAACCUUGUGCUCAAUUCUGCUACUGCUCUCUCCUCGCGAUGUCGCACGCUUGUCCUGCGUUAGCAGUGUAAUGUAUAUACUGUGCAAUGAAGAACCACUAUGGAUGGCUCUUUGUUUGAACAACUUAAACCUUCAGCUUCAGUAUAAAGGCUCCUGGAAGAAAACAACACUACAUCAACUGCAAUUGCUAAAUGAGUACAAACCAUGCAAAAAGGCCCUGCAGUUUGACGGAUUCAACUCUCUAUACCUGUAUAGAAGAUUAUACCGUUGCUAUACCACAUUGAAUGGAUUCUCUUUUGACAACGGAAAUGUGGAAAGAAAGAGAGACCUCUCUCUAGAAGAGUUUCAUCAUGAGUAUGACGCUAAGAAACCAGUUUUGAUAUCUGGACUGGCCAAUACUUGGUCAGCAACACAUGCAUGGACACCGGAUCGGCUUAUGGUUGAUUACGGGGACAAAGUGUUUAGAAUUUCUCAGAGAAGUUCAAAGAAAGCAAGUAUAAAAUUUAGAGAUUAUAUCUCCUACUCGCAGAUCCAGCAUGAUGAGGAUCCCCUCUAUAUAUUUGAUGACAAGUUUGGGGAAGUUGCACCAGGUCUGCUGAAGGAUUACAGCGUGCCUCAUUUAUUCCAGGAAGAUUGGUUUGAUGUAUUAGAAAGAGACAAAAGGCCCCCUUUUCGAUGGCUCAUUAUUGGGCCUGAGAGAUCUGGUGCCUCUUGGCAUGUUGAUCCUGCUCUAACCAGUGCUUGGAAUACUCUACUUUAUGGUCGUAAAAGGUGGGCACUCUAUCCACCAGGAAGAGUACCAUUAGGUGUCACAGUUCAUGUAAAUGAAGAUGAUGGUGAUGUUAGUAUUGAUACUCCAACAUCCUUGCAGUGGUGGCUCGAUUUUUACCCACUUCUUGCCGAUGAAGAAAAGCCGAUAGAGUGUACUCAGUUACCUGGAGAAACCAUAUAUGUUCCAAGUGGAUGGUGGCACUGCGUGCUAAAUUUGGAGACCACCGUUGCUGUUACUCAGAACUUUGUGAAUUCUAAGAACUUUGAAUUUGUUUGUCUGGACAUGGCUCCUGGUUAUCGACAUAAAGGACUCUGUCGUGCAGGAUUGCUUGCUCUUGAAGAAAACGCCUUGGAGGUUGUAAAAGAGAAUGCUUUGCAUGUUGAAGAAAGUAUACUGCGUGAUGUGAGACAAACAAGUAAUGGGAAGAGAGCCAAAGUGUCGGAGUCUGGGAAGGAACCAAAUAGUGAAAUUGCUAGGCGUGGUGCCAUCAAUGUUCAUGAUGUGUGUAAUUUAGAGUUUUCUUACGAUAUCAAUUUCUUGGCUAUGUUUUUAGACAAAGAGAGAGACCACUACAAUGCUUUAUGGAGCUCAGGUAACUCUAUAGGACAACGAGAACUAAGAGAGUGGUUAUGGACGCUUUGGGUUGGAAAACCAGGACAUAGAGAUUUGAUUUGGAAGGGAGCCUGUCUUGCGUUGAAUGCUGGUAAAUGGUCUGCUUGCAUGGGAGCAAUUUGUUCCUUCCAUGAAUUGCAGUUUCCCUCAGAUGAUGAGAAACUUCCUGUUGGCACAGGCAGCAAUCCCGUCUACCUUGUGGCUGAUAAUGUAAUUAAGAUAUAUGUGGAAGAUGGCUUAGAAGCUUCUCUUCAUUCGAUUGGCACUGAGCUCGAAUUUUACAGUUUAUUGUGCGAGUAUGGAUCCUCUUUGAAAAAUCAUAUUCCUGAUGUUCUGGCUAGCGGAAUUGUCAUCUUCGAAAGGGGAUCUUAUAAGGUUAAGCCGUGGAAUGGUAAAGGCCUUCCAGAUAUAAUGGAUGAAUGCGAUUUGAAUCUUGAUAAUAUAUCUAGAGAUGUUGAUUUUCCGUUUGGCAUAUGGAGCAAAAAACAAUUUGAAUAUAGAAACGCCGGAACAAGCGAGCCGAGUCAUUUUCGUGGACACCCAAGUGUAUGGCCGUAUAUUGUCACAAAAAGAUGUAAAGGGAAGCUAUUGUCUGAGCUAGCGGAUCGAAUCUUAUGGGAAGACACCGUAAAUCUGGCAUCAUUUUUGGGAGAACAGCUGCGUAACCUUCAUCUUAUGCCCUUUCCACCUCUAUGUGAUUUGUUCAUCAGGGAAAAUAAUGAAUAUAAAAAAGAUGCCCAUUAUAAUAGUAUUUUCAAGAGUGAGACUGACGGAGGUAGCAUACCAGCAGAAUGGAAAGUUUUUCUUGGAACCCUCAACAAAAAGAGAAAGGAUGUUGUUAGCCGCUUGUUUAAUUGGGGUGAUCCUAUUCCCAAGCUUUUGAUAGAACGAGUCCAAGAAUACAUUCCUGAAGAUUUUGAGAACAUCCUCAAUAUCUUUCAGUGUGGCAAAGGAGUGCCAGAAGUGUGCAGAACUUGUACCUGGAUACAUGCAGAUAUAAUGGAUGACAAUAUCAUCAUGGAACCAUCUUCUGUUGGUUCUGGCUCAGGUGACACAACUUCUGGUGGUUUGGGUACGACUUAUAGUAAAGGAGAACUGAACUUGUGGCGUCCUAGCCAUAUUCUUGAUUUUGGUAAUAUGUCAGUAGGCGACCCAAUAUGCGAUCUGAUUCCCUUAUACCUUGAUGUUUUUAAAGGAGAUUCACGUCUUUUAAAGAAAUUUCUGGAAAGCUACCAGCUUCCCUUAAUGAGUGAUGCAGGACAAAAGGAAUUAUUGAAUCAAGACAGCAAGUUUUACAGGACCUCAUACCUAGCCAUGUGCUAUUGUAUAUUGCAUGAUGACAACAUCUUAGGUGCUAUAUUCAGCAUAUGGAAAGAGUUGAGGAUGUCACAAUCAUGGGAGGAUGUCGAGGAAGCAGUGUGGGGGGAACUAAAUAACUAUACGGGUUUAACUUAAUACAACUCAUGUACACAUGUACACGUGAAUCUAAUGACAAUACAAAUAUCUGAUCUUUAAAAUGCUUCUUUAAAAUGCUUCUGUACACAGUCUAUUAGUCUUCUUGGCCUAUUCUGCUAUUGUAUUAUGUAGCAUUGUCUUGAGAGGCUGCAUGAGAUGAUAAAAAAAAACAAUGUACCUUUGAUACAACAGGAUGUAAAUUAUGUCAAAGUUCUCAUACACUAGUGGAACACAAGGCUUGUGUUUAAUAAGGUCAGUGGAAUUUGUUGAUUUA